AGAUUUAGAUUUUAAGUAUAUUAGAAAUAGAGAGACAGUAUUUGAAAAUAAUAAUAGAGAGAUUCAAAAAAAUGUUAGUAAAAGGGAUCUAAAAAAUGAUAGUAGAGAAGAUCAAGACAAUAAUAACAGAAGGAACCAAGAAGAUAAUAGUAAAAACCAAAUAUCAGAAAUAAUUGAAAUUUCAAAUAAUAAAGAAAGCCAAAUAUCUAAAAUAAUUGAAUUAUCAAACAAUGAAGAG